ACGAUGUCUUGGUACUGCGCUCUCCUCCUACCAGCAAUGUCGUACGAUUCCCGGUACACGAGGGCGUCUAUACUGCGGCAAGGCAGCAGCGAGGCUAUCUGGCAACGCACUCUAGCCCCGCAGACGCUUAGCAAAUGUCCUUUAAGUAACGAAGUCUGCCUUCGCCUCUCUUGCCCCGCUAAGUCAGCCAUGCAAGGGCCCAUCACUACCCUGCUCAUUGCACUCGCCGCUACCUGCAGGUCGGUCGCCCAAAGCAGUUCGGCGGUAGCGACUAGCUACCCGGCCAGUUCGUGCAUCUUCGCGUGCGUCAAUGAGGCUGCUUCAACCGCAGGCUGUCCGUUUUACACAGACCUAUUCUGCGUAUGCGCGUCGACAGCGUACGAAAAUGCAGCAACUUCGUGCUUUCAAAGUAAAUGCACCGCGGCAGAGGCACAGCUAGCACAGACCAUACAUCAGGACCAAUGCGCAUACGUCUCAGCUGUGUCCAGCCUUUCCUCUGAUGCCUCGACUUUCACCGCGGCAGCCUCGUCUGCACUUGUCUCCGGCUCGUCGAAGGCGGUAUCAGUGUCUUCGGCGUAUUCGUCCUACGGAUCGUUCCUCUCGUCGGAAUACUCCGCAUAUGGUGCAUCGCUCUCGUCGGACUACUCAUCGCUCGGCUCAUCCCUAUCCGUGCUCUAUUACGGAGAAUCGUGACGACGACGGGGAGCGGCGCUACUUCGACCGCGCAGACGACUUCAACAACGACUUCGGCAUCGGGAACGACAGCCAAUGCUGGGACUAGCCUUCGUGUGGAAGUUUCGAUGAUGCAUAGUGUGAUUACUUCGAUGUUGGGUGUUAUAUUUGGCGUGACUAUGUUGUUGUAGGAUUGAACUGAUGGUAUAACGACGGGUGUACAGUAUAGAUAGGGCAUUGGCGAGGAAACGUGACCCAGUAACUCAUCUUUUGACAACCAUGAACGACUGCGCGGGAGACGAUUGUGCUGACUCUCCCGUGGGCAUAGGGUCAUUCAC